GGGGGCUCGGGGAAGCGAGUGUCGGCUGGUUGCCCCAUUAGAGAGCUGGACAGGAGGAGAUUAGGCCAGAGCAACUGCCUGAAGCUCCAGGGAUCUCUAGUGGAUGUAUUAGCCCACGUUCCCAGGUUUGAGCCAUGUGGUGAAGGUGGUGGAGCAGGAGAGGAGUUGUGGCUGCCGCUGGAGUGGCUCCAUACUCACCCCUCUGGGAGUUCCAUCCAGAACGAGGUGGAACUUUAUUUUGACAGAACAGGAAGUGUCACCGUCAACCCUGAGGAGACUGACUUGACCCCACCUGAGGGCUACACGCAUAGCUUUGACUGGUCAGAUGACCCUGGCUUCAGACCCCAGUCUGCAGUAAGCAGCGAGGAGCCCUUUCCACCGGGUUUCCUGGGUCACCUGGAGACCGUCAGGAUCAGGUGCACCCCUGGGAGAGAACGGGUCAGAGUCUGUACUUUGUCCUCCAUUAGAAACGGGUGGCUGCCUUUACAAAAAAGGGGAGUAUUAUAUGAGCUACCCAGCCUGCUCUACCAGGUAAGAUACACCUGAGCCAAAUGUGUUGGGCUUUAACCAACUAUAUAUGAAAUUAUGCAAAAACAAUUGCAGUACAGUAGUCAUUUUAUAUUUAUUGUUUAGUGUAAGAAAUUUUACCUUGUUGAAAACAAAGUUGGUCAGCCUCAGGAAAGGGCUUCUCUCCACACCUAGUGAGUUAAGUGGAGUUUUUAAUCUCUGUACAUUUCUCAGAAUCUGUUCUUGCCUCCUGGUGUGCGAUUGAAGUUGGAUGUUGACAAAAAUCUUUGGCCACUGGAAUGUUCUCCCUCUGUGAAUCACAGCUAGAAUUCUUAUGGAUUAUCGCUCAUGUGACCACAUUCUUACCAUCAUAGUCAAGGCAAUUACCGCAUGCUUGAGUUUGUCCCCUUAAUUGCUGUAAUACAAAGCCCUGUUUUUAUAUAGAUUAAUCUCUGCAGUGUAUGAUACCUUUCACUAAAAUACUAUCUUUAAACCAAAAUAUGAGUUUGCUUAAAUUUUUGUUGCAAAUUAAAAAAUGUUACUCUUUUUCAGAGACAAAUUGAACUUUGCAUCGACUCCAUCAGACGGAAGAGUUAUGACAACGGUGUGGUACUCAAAGGUAUGUACUGUAUGCCAUUCCUCCUCUAGGAAUAAUUACAUGGACCGCUAACUAGCUUUGUUUUCUAACAUUAGGUUGAGCUACAAUAAGUCAGAGUGGAGAUAGAAUAGGUUAUGAUAGGGCAAUAGCAAAGAGGAGGAGAGGACCAAGUAAAAGGAAGGAAAGAAGCAGAGCAGACCAAAGCACAAGAUGACUCCACAACAAAAAGCUAUCCACUGAUGCCAGUGGGUCACAUAUUCAUGAGCUGUGAACUAUCUCUCCCAUGGCUGUGAUUUAGGUCCAGAGAGACAUACAAUGUCUUCUCUACUCUCAGUGCUGACUGCUGAUGUGUUUAUUUGUAUAUACCCUGGGUACUACACAGUCUGUCUGUUCCCUAACCAGCUGUGAGCCCCCAUGGCCUGAUACUCUGUUCCCUUCACUGUCAGGCACAGAGAGGAUGACUCAAUCACUGCUUUCACACACCACAAUCAACACAGUCACAAAGCCAAUUCUUCAUAGACCCUCUCUCUCUCUCACCCUCUGUUCUAGAAAGCAAAGAUGGACCCUUGCCCAAGAGAGAGAGAGGGGGCGAGAGAACAGACACAUUUGUAAUCAUAAACACCCCCCACACGCAAACAAACACACACACACGCACAAACAAAUAAACAAACACACAAACACACACUUGUCAUGCUUAUACUCAGGGCUAUGUUUCAUUGCUUUGCCUCAUUUUAUCGUGUCAAUCUGGUGAUGCACGGCAGCAAAGCCCUGAGAAGUACCCCUGCUGGUACUCCAAUUCCCCUUCCCUGCAUGCUAUAGCCAAGAUAAAUAAAAGCAAAAUUGAGAAAAACUAUGCAUGCAUAAUAUUCUAUUUCCAUGUCAUUGCUUACUUUCAUAAUCCUGUCCCAAUUGAUUUUCCUCUGAACUGGAACACAUGAUGUAAACAUAAUUACUUUACAGUAUCUUGUUCUCAUGUAAACAGAACAGCACAACAUAGCCUAUACAAUUACUUCAAUUUGCCUGCUCUCACUAUGACAUUAUAGGGUAAAUAGGGUGAAAGUGUUCCAUGAUUGUCGAAUGUAUUACAUACAUCACGCUAUCAUUUUAAUUUUAAAGCCUUGCUCACUGCAUGCCUCCAAUGAACAUAUAGAUAAUAUAUUGAUAGAUCCAUCUAAUAUAUUUAGUGCUUCAAUUAUGUAAUGGACUGAGCAGGAAAUAAAGAAAAGGCGAGUUAUAACUUGGGGCCUAUAAACAAUUCCAUUGCACAUUGAAGUAGGCCAUAAAUCAAUAAGCUGCAGUUGACUUACUUCAUCUUGUGCUUUAGAGUAAACACGUCUUGAGAAAUGCGAGCGCCAGGUGAGGUGAUGAGGAAUAAUUAGGCCAUGUGUUAUGACAUUUUCUAUCAUGGCUGUGAUGUGGUCAUAGCCACAAGGCGAAGCCUCGAGUGUGUUAUUGCCUUGGACUCGAGUGUACAAUAUUUCAUACAAUUGGUUACCAGCAUUAAAAAGCAAGAUUCUUUCCCAAACCCUACAUUUUUCAACAAAACGUGAUGCUACAUUCACUAACUGGUUGUCAAGUGCAAUUUGGGGCGUUCUCUGGUCGUUAGUUCUAUUCGACUGCCAUGUAAAGCAAAACUAACCAAGCGCUGGUUGAUAUUUUCAGAACUUUGCAGGUUGCUAUGGCAAACAAAAAUGGUUGAAGCUGGAAAGACAGCAAACUAGCUGCAUUUAGUUUCUCUUUAGUUUUUUUCUAUUUCUUUAUAGGCACUAUAUAUCCAUAAAAAUGAUGCUGAUUCAUGGUUUCGACUGGCUGAGAAAAGCUGCCUGUCUGUCUCGUGUUCAUUACUAUGGGACACAUUGGAGACCUAUUUAAUUAAAUAUUGCAACAAUGUUGCAAAUGUCAGAGAUUAUGUCUAGAUGCUUUUUACAGUGGAGAUCAGGUUUAUAAAUUGCAUGGCUGGGCAGUGGAUCUUUAAAAGCAGUAUUAGUAGCAAAGAUUUUUAUAACUAACCCAAGAUAGACCACAGCCUGUCGUUUCCAAUGGGAGCAAAGGAAUUCUAGUGGCUAGAACAAGCAAGGAGGUGGGCAGAGCCAAGCACUAGCGAGAGCACAUUUGUGCGUUGAGCAUGUAUUUGCAUAUUUCCGUUAGGGAACGCCUACUCUGUGAAGUGCGCAUAACAAUAACUAAAUUCGCCCUUCCACUCCUUCUAAAUACAGUGGCGGCUCCUGAAAAAAUUCUCAGGGGGGGCAAUUUUUCUGAUGAUUUAGGUGACCUACACACAUUUUAAAAAAGAGAUGUCCAGCAACAACAUGAAGACAGGGGCAGCAUAUAAGUCAAUACCAGAAGCAUUUAUUGACUGAUCUCAAAAGUGUUGGCUUACCAGGGUUGGUGGAGCCCUCAGUUUCAUCUUUGCCUCGCAAAGCUAACUCAAACACUCCGCAAAACUUCACACACUGGAUUAGCCGGCUGAGGAUGUGGCGGUUCUUGCUAAUGUCGUAGUAAAUAUAUUUGUUAUAGUGAAUAUGGAAUAUGAUAUGUUGAGUAAAAUGUUGUGCUAAGAUCUAUUUAGGUCAGGAGCUGGUUAUAAGUUCUGUUCCUAUCCAAUAACAAUGGACAAAAGGGUCCUAUCUUGUCAGCCUUGUCAGCAGGUGGCCAAGGACAACACCCACGCCAUAGGCCUCUCAGUUCUUCCAACUCACGAGUUCUUGCUCUGAGGACACACACACACACACACACAAACACACAUACACACACAUCAUCACUGUUAAACACACACACACACACACACACACACACACAUCAUCACUGUUAAACACACACACACACACACACACACACAAAAAUCCCCUCUCUUAGGCUGAACAUUUGAAGACAGAGAACCCGACUCAGAGCCAAUGCAACAGUGACAGUAGCCUGGAGGGGACCUCGCCCAACUCAUCAGGACCAAUCAGAAGAUCAGAACUACUAGAUUCAACCUACUUCAUUUAUUGCAUAAAAUGUCUGCACACAAUGUUUCGGGGCUCUCUUCAGAUAAUAAUAAUAAUAAUAAUAAUAAUAUGCCAUUUAGCAGACGCUUUUAUCCAAAGCGACUUACAGUCAUGCGUGCAUACAUUUUUGUGUAUGGGUGGUCCCGGGGAUCGAACCCACUACCUUGGCGUUACAAGCGCCGUGCUCUACCAGCUGAGCUACAGAAAGUGGAUACUCAUGGAUGCGCAUCGCAAUUGUAAAAUGUCAACACAAUUGGAGACACCACGUCAUUUUUGGAGACAUGUUAUUGACAGUAAACUAUUGUAGAUGCGACUGCUAACUAAAUAAAUCAUUUUAGCUGGCUAGCUAAUCAUCUUAGCUAAAUGUGGGGCAAACAAUUCAGUUAUUUACCGUUAAUUUGAGGGAUUGGGGUGAAAGAAAUCGAGUUACAUAGUGAUACUUUACGAUAUACUGUAUUGACAAUAUCGCAAUAUUUUAGCGCUAGUUGGCUGUACCUGCACCAAAACACCAUUAUUGUUCCUUCAUAGCUUGUUCUCAAUCUUUUCACAUUGGGAGCCAAUUUGUUUUCAGCACUUUUAUUUCCAUGACUGAUCAAAACUCGUUCUCAUGGCUUUCUGAUCCCUCUGCAACAGACAUAUGGUGCGCAAUAAAAUCACAGUAUCGAAUCGCAAUACGUAUAGAAUCAUGAGACUCGCAAUGCAUAUAUCUAAUCUUAUCGUGAGGUUCCUGGCAAUUCCCAGCCCAAGUUCAUUUGCCACAACAAAUCUCUUCGCUAGCAAACGCGAUGUCUUCUCCAAAACGGCAAUGUGUCUCCAGCAAUGUUUACUUUUUUGACGUUCUAUGGCAUCUCCACUUUCCAAGCAUAUAUGACCACAUGUAAUAUUUUGGUAAGUGAUGCAAAUAGUGAACUAUGUAGGGCCAGGAUGUAAAAUAUAUGUAGCUGCAGCAAUUUCUCUUAUCUGAUAUGGUAAGUAAUGGGGCUUAAUGUAUAGCUCCCUAAGAGUUUGACGAACGGGUCCGUGCACGCGAUUCCAGAUAUCUUUACCUCUGAAUAAACUGCCUUUAUUAUACCAUAUCCACCCUGUCCAAAGUCUCUACUUGGUCUCAGUUCUCCAGUAAACUUGUGAUUAUCAACACUAACCUCAUCGUUGUGGCGGCGGACAGCUAGCCUGUAUCCCUCAUCCAGUUGAGUGGCAAUGUUAUUUUUUCGUUCGUACCAAUUUUUGGAAAAUCCUCGGGUGUAGGACUUUCCGCCUUUAGUAGAAACCUGUUGAAUUAUUAAAUUUGGUCUGGGAGGUCCUAAUUGUUUCGUUGCCAAUUUAUCUUGAUUUGUUCGCCGACAAAAAGGAACUUCUUUCAAAGAGACAAUCGAGUUGCACUGCCAUUUUGACAGUAAUAGUGAAUUGAUUGAUGAGGCUACCCGCUCUUUUCUUAGUUACGUUCAUGGUUAUGUUACGUAUGACGAAAGCGCGUAAGUGCAAGCCCUCAGACACCCAUAGAGAUUGUAUUGAAAGCUCUGAUAUUGAAAAAAAUAGAUUUUACAUGGGAGUCUAUGACAGACUUCUGGGCGAUUUUCAACCUGACUGAAAUCGCCCCAAAAGGGGGGUGGCCAUUUGAAGCACGACUUUAGCCUGAUUGGACAUUUAGUGGCAGAUCAGACCAGACGUCUAGAUUACAACACUGAUAACUACUGUUGCCGUGAUAUAAUUGAUUAGAAAAAAAAUCCCUUCCUUUUCCCGUUUGGCAGUGCGUCGCCCAUAUCGCCCUAUUGAACACACCGCCCCUGUCUAAAUAACACCAUUUUGAGAAACAUUGGCAAAGGGUAAAGUCUACAAAACAUAGUCCACUCUGUUCGUAACAGAUUUUAGUUUUGGAAACAGAAAACUGUAUUGAGAUCAAAUGUUUUAUCGAUGAGAAGAUGUGCAGAAUGUCGGCCAAAAUUCAUCUCGCUCCAUCUUCUACCACUGCCGGCCACUGGGCUUCCUUUCACCACCAUAUUUGGUUAGAUGGAAACGCCAACCGGUGUUCACAUUGCAGUGUGAAUAUCUGCUCACGCAUACAUUAGUCAUUAGCAGCGCCUUGCGCUUCAGGACAUUAGGUUAAGUGCCUCUUCAGGCAAUAACUACUUUAGCAGCGCCUUCCAGAGCACUAUGGUGCGUUACCCUAUAGCCAGGGGAUAACCACUUUUACCAUUUGGGGGGGGGGGGGGGGGGGGGUUAGAAGGAAUACUUUAUCCUAUCUGUGUAAGUAGUAGUGUGUUGCUAGGUAACGACGUAAACAAUGGCACUUUUUUAUGAAUGUACUCACCAUGUGUAUGUUGUCUAGUAUAUCAUGGGCAAGAUAGGCUCUAACAAUGGGAGAUCCAAACCACCCGUUGUAUAAUUAAGCAAUAAGGCCCGAGGGGAGAUAGCUGUAGGCCUAUCGUCUGUCUGUCUGUCGGUCUCCUCUUCGUCGGGACUCUCGACAUCUGUCAUUCAUGGCGAAGUGGACAGAGAAAAUAAUAGUGCGCUUCUUCUCUGAGAAGUGUUUCAGUGAGGAAACUUGUUGGCUAAGUGCUUUGUGGACUUGCCUGUUAUGUUUUGUUUUUUCCAAUGUCUAAAACAAGCAGUAGGCUAUAUAUUUUUUGUUUACCGGCACUUACAUAUUUCAGAUGGAAAAUUAGAAGACAAUUGGUUCAAGUCCAUGGGUUUUCGAAGUGGGAGGUUCCCCAGCCUAUCAACAUCUAAUAUCAACGAGGUAAAAUCAUUUUACUAUUCUAGCUGGGAUAGAUUUGUUAUAAUAUUACUGUACUUGUCUUAUUAUUGUUAGCUUUACAAAGUUAUUUUUCCUGUACAAAUUACUGCAACUUCUAGCAAAUAAUAACAUGGUUAUGUGUAUUAGUUAAAAAAUAUAUAUGUUUGAACAUGGUAAUAUCAUCAUCAUCAUAUCAUCUUCACUAUGUUUUAGUACAAUUUAUGAUGCUGAACUAAUACAUGUCAAAACAUCCAUUAUGGCAAUGUAUUCCUUGCUUUUCUAAUUAGAUUUAUGCCAUCUAGACAAGGAGGCUAUUCACUAGCUCAGCAGUGGGUUUUAGUCUGGAGAGGAACUUUGCCAUUCAAAUCUAUUUGAUUAAGUUUGUAAGACACGCAGUCCUCAGACUUUGAGUAAACAUGAGUGCAAUUUUAUGCAGGAACUCGUGGACAUGUUAUUGUCCUUAGACAAGCCAUGGGAUGUUUUCCCUGCAAACAACAGCCCUUAUGUUAACUGACAGUCCCGAUCCAUCCUGCAAAUCAACUAUUGUCAGAGAACCACAGAGAACCACUAAUAUGACACGUCUGAUAUGAAGUGAAAGUGUGAGAAUUGUUUUAGCGUCUCGUGCACACUUUACUUGUCUUAAUUGUCCUGUCUUAAGCUGGAUAGCCAGGCAAUCCUGGAAUGUCAAUGUUAAAUGUCAUGGUUAAUUUGUCGCUGACUGUUGGCCAUCAGGUUACACAUCACCAUGGUAACAAAAGGAGAUCUCGAAAUGAGAGCAGGAAAGCCGAUAAUAAGUAAUCCCUAGAAUAUAUCACAGGGAAAAGUAUUGGAUUUGUUUCCCUCACUCUAUUUCAUAUACCUGAUAGAUGCACUGUAUUUUUAGACUGACUGUUUCAACACAGCUCUGAUAUUUUCCUCUGGGUUCCCUCUCCUUAGACUUCCACCAAGGAUACUACCCCCUCAUGGAGCAUGUGGAGAGGACAGGGAGAGAGGGCUUCCACAUCACCAUCCCUAAUGAGGCCGACACACUCUGGGGACUCCCAGAGGGGUGGACAUGUACCGCACAGAGGGAGUCCAACCCUGCUGAGGACGGCCAGUGUCCCUAAUGUCCUGGGCGGCCGACCAAAGACGGGCUUCUCCUCCAUCACCAUCACAUCCUGCAGGGUCUCCCAGUCAAGGGCCAGCCAAUCACAGGAGGCCCUUUAUCCCCACCAACCGAUCCAGCCUAUCAGGUCAUCCACAUCCCUCAACCCAGUCAUGAGUCAUGUCCUAUCCUCAGCCAUUCCAAAGCACUCUGAGGUGGUGACCAGAUACAAGGCCACCAUAGUAAAGGUGACAGAGUACAGACAGAGCUAUUCUGCAUGUGCCAGGGUCCAGAUGAGAGGGCCAGGGACAAGGACUGCCUGGCCUGAACACAGGCACAGUUACACAGGUGGGGACAGGCACAAGGACAAUGGAAGCUCCUCCAGGCCUUUGUCUCUACAGCCCUCUUUCCGCUCCUGCGUCCAGUUUGAGGUAACUCGGAGGUCUGCGAACACGGUCCUGUAUCUGGACAAGUCACUGUCUAUCUCCAUAGGACAGCCAGAGGUCACAAAGCCGGUUGUGCACAGGUCCACCCUGUCUCUGUACGUUGGGGGCUCAUCCCACAUUGGAACCCCUCUGGAUUACCCCAAAACACUUCAGGACCUCCGGAGAUCUAUGGGGUCACUAAGCUGCACCCAUAGAUGGGACAACUCAGAGACUGAUGUGGGUCACAGCAGAGGCUCUUCAUCAACCCAAGGGGGCUACGAGGUCCCCAAAAUGGCAGAUACUGAUGGUAUUAAGAAUAGGACAUCUGAUUUAACCACACACAAUCUUACCUCAGGGUUAUUCUCAUCAGCCAGAGGAACAGGCGACUCAUACACCGGGGCCAACCGGCACAAUGAAAUUGUAGAUGAGCUGUGCUGUUGUCGGCUGAGAAAUUCCACACACAGACACCCUGCUUUCAAUAUCAGUCCAGGUAUGAAUUUCAUCUCCCCAUGUCAGAGCACAACUCUAAAGUACCCAUGCAAAUCCAGCAGCAUUCCUUUCAAUGGCUCUCCAUUUCCAUAGCUGUGUGGAUAAAAUCACAUAGCGAGGCGGUCUUAGAGGGUGUAAAAUCUCAUUUUUAACUCUGCCUCUCACCUUUUGAUUUAUACCUCAUUCAUUGUUAAUAGGAUAUCUUCCCCUGCCUUACAGAUGCAGCACGUAUAUAAACGCACACUGGUGAAAAAUCCACAAGUGCUACAUGCUCACAUACACUGUGCUUAUGUGAAGGAACAACUCAUGCUUCUUUUUUCAUUUCAUCCCCCUCUCUCACUUCCAACACAUCCUUUGCAUAUAUUAUCUACCCUCUCCAGCCAGUAAGCGUGGCGGUGUUAGGCUUUCACGGGUGUUACACCGGGUGAAGUGCCCCAUGAAAAGAAUGAGUGUAUUGUUUUAAACGAUCUCACUCCCAAGGCAGGUUGUGGAGGCUAGCUUAUGGCUCAGAGGACAGGGGAGAAUGUCGUGUCUGCUUGGUGCUGCUAAGCACUGCCUGAACUGAAAUUAGGCCAGGAGUCUGCUUUGAGAAGCACCACAAAAUACCUAGGAUCUCUGUAUACCCUCUCUGGUAUUGUACUGGACAAGUUUUGUAAAUGGCAUUGCAGAGUUCACAGCACCUGAGUGGCAUUGUAUCCUUGGUUUUGUUCAUUGUGGAUUUAUUGGAGAGGUUUGUUUGUAAUUAGCUGUAAUUUGCAAGGGGUUCUAGCUGUUGUUUCAAAGGUACUACGUUUUUCCUGAGGGGCAUUGUAGGGUAACUAUUUUGAGUGGCAUUGCAGAGUUCUGCGUGGUAUUGUGCCCUUGUUUUGUCCAUUGUGAAUGUAUUGGAGAGGUUUGUUUGUACAAGCGACUAACUCUGUUUCAAAGGGACAACUCUGUGCCUUGAGGGGCAUUGUAGGGUAGCCAUAAUAACCUAGAAUUCUUACAACCUAUAUCCAAGGGUAAGUGUUAUGGAAGUCUCAUAGGCAUUGCAGAGUAUACAUCAUUUAUGAGCAGAGCAGUGCAGCGUCUGUCAUUUGAUCAGUACGCAGCAGCUACACUCACACCAGGGAGGUAAAGCUUGGCUCAUUGCAGCAGUAAAUGUAGUACAGCAAGCAAAUAGACCACACAUACCUUCUCUGGCUGGCCUCCUAGUGGACUCAUUCACUGUCUUUUCAUCAGUAGUAGCUAGUACCCUAGUCAAGGAUGCAUCAAUGCAAUAUUGUCACUCAACAUUUUGUUACAGACCAAUGGAACAAAAGUACACCUUGAAUUUAUAGGUUUAAAAUAUCCCUCUAGUGGCCAGGGUUGACCUAUUUUAAUGCCAUUGGUUGGUGGAUAUAAAGUCUAAGAUCUAGGCUAAUGAAGAAUUUGUGCCAGGAUAAAAUCAGUGCCACCUGUUGAGGUUAGCAUAGGGCUAACAUGUGCCAUGUUAUCUGAUGGGACCAGCUACAAUUUAGCGUUCUGUCACGUGCAAGUAAAUCAACGAUUUUAAUUGGCUGAUACGCAUUUUGUGCUGGAAAACCUGUUAGUUGCUUAUGUUCGCAAGUAUGGACCCAACGUAUUUGCUGCAUUGAAGCCGGAGUAAUUUACCGGUGUUAUAAACUCGCUAUACUCUGGUUUUGUUUGCUGCAUUGCUUGCUAUACCGAUGACAGCGUUGAAAUAGUCUGACUUGAUACAUAGAUCUCUUGUAUGUUGGCGCCAGAGCAUUUGAUGGUGUGUUCCUAUGAAAAACUGUUGAGUCUGAUAUUAAAUGGGUCUGUUUUUAAAGGAGGUGGAGGAACGGGGUUAGAGAGUGCAGGAUAGAUGCACUGUCAUUAUGGUUUACAUUAUUCAUGCCGUGUCUUUUUCUCUGCUUUACCCACUGAGUCGUGGAGAGUGGGGGUCAGUUAGAGGACUCAACUAUUCUCCCUCUUCUCCAGGGCCCAGUUUUUCAAAAGUUAUCUAUCGGAUUUCGGCUAUCGGAUAGGAUUAAAUGCAUUCCUUCUAUAUCUUUGGAUUUCAUCCUAUCUGAUAGGUGUAAUCCAGAUAGAUAACGUUUGAAAAACUGGGCCCUGGUCACAUACUCUAGUUCACAAAGAACUCAACUCUCACUCAGCCCUCAUGCUCAUUUUACCUGUUAGAUUAGAUGUGAUGUAAAUAUGCAAAGGAAAAUUAAAAAAGGGCCAAAUGGCAUCUCUGCAAAUGAUUCUGAAUGCACAUGUUAAGUAAGAUCUAGGUUAUCUGAAAACCUCUUUGUUUCUCAAUCACAAAAAGGAAAAAUAUCUUAAUUAAUGUCUGACAAUGCAGUACAGUCACAGUAUUGUAAUAAACUCCCUCUAUAUGAGAUGAUUAUUUUUGCCAUAAGUGCAAAAUGUCACCUACGAUGUUUGAUGAAGAGUUAACUGCAUAUGCACUGGAAUAUACAGGUAACUACCAAAAGAAAGGAAACAUCUGAAUAAAGUGUCUUAAUAGGGCGUUGGGCCACCACGAGCCAGAACAGCUUCAAUGCGCCUUGGCAUAGAUUCUACAAGUGUCUUGAACUCUAUUGGAGGGAUGUGACACCAUUCUUCCACAAUAAAUUCCAUAAUUUUGUGUUUUGUUGAUAGUAGUGGAAAACGCUGUCUCAGGUGCCGCUCCAGAAUCUCCCAUAAGUGUUAAGUUCGGUUGAGAUCUGGUGACUGAGACACACCCUUAAACCCCCUAUGCUCCUUUGAGACCCCUCUUUCAAAGUCACUGAGAUCUCUUCUUCUAAAAUACAAUGUGAUUGUCCGUCUUUACAGCGAUCAACAGAAAUGUGUCUUCUGCGCUCUUAAUUUCCACACACACACUCUUUCCUUGAGGAGUGUAGCGCUUAACACCGUUUCCUUGAACGUAACUCAUGUCGCACACACACUGAGCUGCUGGAGAGCAUGUUGUGGGCUUAAGGGCCUUGCUCAAGGGCCCAACGGUAGGGGAUAGUUGUUAGGAUAUGAACCCAGCAGCCCUCCAGUUGCCAGAUCAAUUUCCCCCGUUUUAUCCAGCACCAGACCUUUCGGCUACUGGUCCAAUUCCUCAGCCGCUGGGCUACCUAUAACCCCUAGCCAUGGUAGCCAAAAUAAUGGGCAACUGGGCAUUUUUAUACAUGACCCCUAAGCAUGGUGGGAUGUUUUAAUUGCUUAAAGAUAUUCUCCGGUACUUUUGUAUACUUUUUAGCCAGUAGUUCUGUAAGUAGUGCUCACUAAUCAAAAGUGGUCCCCGAAAAUUGUGUACUACGUCACAAAUGUGCAGAUAUGUGCACCACGUCAUUGCUCUCUCUCUCGCUCUGCUGUGUGUGCAUCUUGCUAACUGUCACUCAAAUGGCGAGGGUCUGAAGCUCAUUGGCUGAAACUCAAAUUGGCUCACGUAGGGAAAAUGCGCCGCACAGCUUCCAGAAAACAGUUGUUUUCAAAAUAGGGAUUUCGUGGCUAAUUGAGGUAAGACAGUAAUUCUGACACAUCCAGCCCAAAGGUUGAAAAAAUACUUACUAGUACUGGAGCAUGUCUUCAAUUAACUCAGGAACCACAACUUUGUGGAAGCACCUGCCUUCAAUAUACUUUGUAUCCCUUGUUUACUCAAGUGCUUCCUUAAUUUUGGCAUUUACCUGUAUAUUUGUUUUCUGUCUCUGCCAAUCAAAGUGGAUACUAGGACAUGGGGAAGACAGUCACUAUGUAAGGAGAGUGAAGAAAGACAAGGUCACUCCAGAGAAGAUCUGCAUGUUGCUAAGUAUUUCUGUCCACACCAAGCAGACACCUGCCAAUCACGACUGACAGUUGAUCCUCAGGAUAUCAAACCCAGAGCCCUCAGUCUCAAAGUAUGUGUGGAUCAAUAUCACUCUGUCAUGAUAAUAUCUUCUGAAAUCAUUUUCCUAUAUGUAUCAUUAUAUGAUAUACUGUAAUAUGAUAUGAUAUAAUGCUGUAUGGUCACUGUGUGAACCUUCUUUAUCUGAAAUUUGAAAAGAUAUUUGCAAAUAAUGAGUAAAGAGUAAUCUGUGAGUGAAGGACUUUCUUUCAAACGGAAUGUUUCUUCUACUAUAUUGAAGAAUAUCUUCUUCACAUUCAUUAGCGAGAGCUUUACCAUUCUAUAUAAACUGGUGCCAGUCAAGGUUAAAAUGCUUUUAUUUUCCCUGCACUCUUAGAAAAAAAGGUGCUAUCUAGAACCUUAAAGGGUUCUUCGGCUGUCCCCAUAGGAGAACCCUUUGAAUAACCAUUUUUGGUUCCAGGUUGAACACUUUUGGUUCCAGGUAGAACCCUUUUGGGUUGCAUGUAGAACCCUUUCUACAGAGGGUUCUACAUGGAACCCAAAAAGGAUAUCCUAUGGGGACAGCCGGAGAACCCUUUCGGAACCCUUUUUUCUAAGAGUGUGUCUGAAGAAUAAAACUCCAAUGUGAAACAUCUUUAUGAGGGGAUUGCAAAGGAUGAAGGGAUCACAAAGGGUUUUACUUGUAAGUUCCCUUACCUGUAUCCAUUCUUACAGAGGACUAUGUGGAGUUUAUUACCAUAUUACCUCACAUCUAUCAAUUACAAUCUGCAAGGGGAGUCAUCAAGGGCAGAGGCAUCUUUUCAGAAUAACGGAAUAGAAUCUAGGCUGUAUAUUUAUUUAUUUUUUACCAAAAUGAGUGGGCCAGUGCUGGCUAGCAGUAAAUAAACAAGCAGCUUAUGCUUUCCUACGUCCCUGCUCCAUCUCUCCACCCCAGGAGGCCCUGGAGAUGUUCCGGCCAGACUUCAUCAGCCGCUCCCAGGGCAGAUUGAGGAGGCUGGAGCAGAGGGCUAGGCGGCGGAAGGCCCUGCAGUGUGCAGACCCAGACCUGGUGCAGGGUCUCUGGGAGGAGAAAGGAAGGCAUAGGAGGAACUGCACCAAGCCCCACCCGCUCAGUGGUACGGUGAUGGAAUAUGUCUGACAUAUGAGUACGAGUAUACCGUUUAGUGAUUUCUCAAUCCUAGUCCGGGGGAACAGCUUUGCUCUCUGCUGGUCGUUAUCAAGUACUGCAGUUCAGUUGAAGCGCAGUCUUGCUAACGUCCAACUCCACAACCAAAAUGGUUAUUAUCGGUGAAUUACAUGGAUUUACCUUCUUUAGUCGCUAUCAUGUAUUUUUUUCCCCAAUAGCUUAUACAAAAUGAAAAUUGCUACAUACACACUUUUGUCAGGGAAAGAACGCCACAUACUACAGAAUGUUAGACAUUUCCUUUCCCAAUAUGACAGUACUUUACAAUACAUUAUAGACUAGUCUCUCCAAAACCCUAGUACUAUGACAGUGAAGUAAUAGUCUAGCAUCACCUUAACUCUGGCUGCUCUCUCCCUCUCCUGCUUAGCCUUCUAUGAGGGUAAUGAUGCAGGCUAAAUAUAGACCUUCAGACUCACAUCUUAAUUAUGCAGUGCUGACUGUUGGUCUCAGUGAUGAGCUGACAAGAGUCAGUCAAGCCCCUCGGCUCUCAGAAGGACAGGAGUAAUGAAGCCUAGUAAGGAAAGUGGAAAGUGUGUGUGUGUGUGUGUGUGUGUUUGUGUGUGUGUGUGUUUUCCUGACAGAUGCUUGUGUGUUUCCCAGAUAACCUUUUCAAACCCAGAGAGAGGGCCAUAUCAGGCAAGGAGAUGCAGCUGCACUCCAGACGGUAGGUUUACAGACAGAGCUGUACUGUGACGUGUCAGUCUCUUACAUGCCUCUGUUCCUCACACACACACGCACGCAAAACACACUGUGGAUGUCAGACAACCGAACGUCUGUCUUGAUUGGAGAUAUGAACUACCUUCUGUAUCCCGUUAUCAUGAUUUUCUUUACUCCAUGUCUUAUCUGAGAAGGCACACCUGAUCAGAGGAUAGGUUCCCAUUGUCAUGUUUUUAAUCUGACUGGGUCGAUCUGGGAACAAAUUGACUAUUUAUGUGAGUGAAAAAGGAGCCAGUGUGAUGCUGGUUUUAUCAGUGUAUCCAGGUUUGGCCAUUGUGGGUUUGGGCAGAUAAAGCUUCCUUUCUAUGGUGACGAUUUUCUGGGAAUAGCUGAGUCGCCCCUGGCCUGCUAAUUCUAGAAUAUUCCCCCUUCACAACCUUAACCUACCAUGUCUAACCAUCCCUCUUUACUUAGGAUUUACAACAAGCUCCCUGAGGUCACUAAGAAGAAGAAGGAGGAGAAAAGGAGGGUGGUAUCGCAGACCAACAGAUUGCGGGCAGAGCUUUUUAAAAAGGUAUGUUCGGUUGGUGCUGGUACUUAGUGACAAACUAUUCACAACAUAGUUUUAUAUACUGUAGCCAUGUCUGAAAAUUUAAAUACAGAAAACAGCAUUGCAAACUAAAGUGUUGAAGAGUGCAUAGGGAGGCAUUCAAUGUGCUUGUACAACUUGUAGUGUUUGAGGUUUAAAAAGGCUUCUGAAGUUUGUAAUUUCCACUUUGACAUUUCAGAUUUUCCAAUACAAAAAAGGUAUCAACCCCUACAAAAAUAAUAAUAAUUCAUAGGGAGGCAUUCAAUGUGCUUAACUUAACACACUGAAGAUUAAGAAGGUCAUAAGAUAAGAACAAGGUAUGCAACAUUGCAAUACAGUUAGAAGGCGUAUUUAGAAGAAUAGUCUUUCAUUAGAUAUUUGGAUGAGGUGCCAUUUGAAAAACGGUAUAAUUGUCCAAUAAAAAUGCAUUUCAGCAUGCUCGUUUUACAAUCUAUGCCCAGCAGAGGCCGCUGUUUGACUUCUUUGUAGAAUUUCCUCCCUACAGUAAUAUGUCAUCGAAAUGUCUUCACAAUCAAUAUCUGUGCACUGGUGUGAUUUAUUCAUGUAUUCAUGUUUCGCUGUUGCUUCAGUGAAAUGAGUUUGAAUCCAGGUAUUGUUGAGAAGACACAUGUCCUUUUGUGAUUUUAAAAGUUCCUGAAUGGCAGCUCUAUGGACACUCAAGGACACAUUGGGUCCUUGGAUUAGCACAGAUUUGGUGUGUAGGGACUCUCCACUCAGGAGUGUCAAGUGGUAUACAUGGUGGUAUCUCAAGCACAGACCUUUGUUCUAUUCUAGACGCCAAGUGUAUGUAUGUAUGCAUGAGUGUUUGUUACGCAUACAGAUAUAGGAUCUUAAUUUGAGACAGUUUGCUACGGGAGGAAAAUAAUCCUGCAGCAACAGGAAAUGUGGAUUAUAAAAAUGUACAUUUUUGUAUAGGGUGAUACCUUUUUCAAAAGGGAAAAUCAAGUCUGAAAUUUUUAAGUGGAAAUUACAAACUUCAGAAGCCUUUUUAAACCUCAAACACUAAACGUUUUACAUUUCCUGCAUUUCAGGAAAGUUCUUCUACAACAGGGUGAUCAAAUUCAGAUCCUAUACAGUUGAAGUUUACAUACACUUAGGUUGGAGUCCACUCCACAAAUCUCUUGUUAACAAACUAUGGUUUUGGCAAGUCAGUUAGGACAUCUACUUUGUGCAUGACACAAGUAAUUUUUCCAACAAUUGUUUACAGACAGAUUAUUUCACUUAUAAAUCACUAUAUCACAAUUCCAGUGGGUCAGAAGUUUACAUACACUAAGUUGACUGUGCUUUUAAACAGCUUGGAAAAUUCCAGAAAAUGAUGUCACGGCUUUAGAAGCUUCUGAUAGGCUAAUUGACAUCAUUUGAGUCAAUUGGAGGCGUACCUUUGGAUGUAUUUCAAGGCCUACCUUCAAACUCAGUGACUCUUUGCUUGACAUCAUGGGAAAAUCAAAAGAAAUCAGCCAAGACCUCAGAAAAAACAUUGUAGACCUCCACAAGUCUGGUUCAUCCUUGGGAGCAAUUUCCAAACGCCUGAAGGUACCACGUUCAUCUGUACAAACAAUAGUACACAAGUAUAAACACCAUUGGACCACGCAGCCGUCAUACCGCUCAGGAAGGAGAUGCGUUCUGUCUCCUAGAGAUGAACGUACUUUGGUGCGAAAAGUGCAAAUCAAUCCCAGAACAACAGCAAAGGACCUUGUGAAGAUGCUGGAGGAAACAGGUAUAAAAGUAUCUAUAUCCACAGUAAAACGAGUCCUAUAUCGACAUAACCUGAAAGGCCGCUCAGCAAGGAAAAGCCACUGCUCCAAAACCGCCAUAAAAAAGCCAGAUUACAGUUUGCAACUGCACAUGGGGACAAAGAUCGUGCUUUUUGGAGAAAUGUCCUCUGGUCUUAUGAAACAAAAAUAGAACUGUUUGGCCAUAAUGACCAUUUAUGUUUGGAGGAAAAAGGGGGUCGCUUGCAAGCCGAAGAACACCAUCCCAACCGUGAAGCACGGGGGUGGCAGCAUCAUGCUGUGGGGGUGCUUUGCUACAGCAGGGACUGGUGCACUUCACAAAAUAGAUGGCAUCAUGAGUAAGGAAAAUUAUGUGGAUAUAUUGAAGCAACAUCUCAAGACAUCAGUCAGGAAGGUAAAGCUUGGUCACAAAUAGGUCUUCCAAAUGGACAAUGACCCCAAGUAUACUUCCAAAGUUGUGGCAAAAUGGCUUAAGGACAACAAAGUAAAGGUAUUGGAGUGGCCAUCACAAAGCCCUGACCUCAAUCCUAUAGAAAAUGUGUGGGCAGAACUGAAAAAGCGUGUGCGAGCAAGGAGGCCUACAAACCUGACUCAAUUACACCAGCUCUGUCAGGAGGAAUGAGCCAAAAUUCACCCAACUUAUUGUGGGAAGCUUGUGGAAGGCUACCCGAAACGUUUGACCCAAAUUAAACAAUUUAAAGGCAAUGCUACCAAAUACUAAUUGAGUAUAUGUAAACUUCUGACCCACUGGGAAUGUGAUGAAAUAAAUAAAUGCUGAAAUAAAUCAUUCUUUAUACUAUUAUUCUGACAUUUCACACUCUUAAAAUAAAGUGGUGAUCCUAACUGACCUAAGACAGGGAAUUUUUACUAGGAUUAAAUGUCAGGAAUUGUGAAAAACUGAGUUUAAAUGUAUUUGGCUAAGGUGUAUGUAAACUUCCGACUUCAACUGUACAUCUGUAUACUCGUUUGUGGAAAGAGAAUCAAUCUAUUAAGUGUGUUUUACGCAGCCGUAUACUCUGUGUAUGGCAUUGCCUUAUGGCUGGUUACUCUCUCUGUUAUGGCACCUGAACCUUCAUUUCCAUUAAAUCAAAUUGUAUUUGUUACAUGCGCUGAAUACAAAAGGUGUAGACUUUACCGCGAAAUGCUUACUUACGAGUCCUCUCCCAACAAUACAGAAUUAAAAAGUAAGAAAAAUUAGCAAAAUACAAAAAGGAAAUAGUAACACAAUAAAAUAACAAUAACGAGGCUAUAUACAAGAAGUACCAGUACCGAAUAUGCAGGGGUACAAAAUAGUUGAGGUGGGGUAAUACGUACAUGUAGGUAGGGGUAAAAGUGACUAGGCAAUCAGGAUAGCUAAUAAACAGAGUAGCAGCAGCGUAUGUCAAGAGUGUGAAACUGUGCCUAUGUGCGUGUGUGUGCAUGUGUGUGUGUGUGUGUGUGUGUGUGUGUGUUGGAGUGUCAGUGUAGUAUGUGUGAGUGUGUGGGUAGAGUCCAGUGAGUGUGCAUAGAGCCAGUGCAAGAGAGUCAGUGCAAAAGAAAAGGGGGGUCAAUGCAAAUAGUCCGGGUAGCCUGUUCAGCAGUCUUAUGGGUAGAAGCUGUUCAGGAGCCUUUUGGUCCCAGACUUGGUGCUCCGGUACCGCUUGCCAUGUGGUAGCAGAAAGAACAGUCUAUGACUUGGGUGGUUGGAGUCUUUGGCAAUUUUUAGGGCCCUCUUCUGACACCGUCUGGUAUAGAGGUCAUGGAUGGCAGGUAGCUCAGACCCAGUGAUGUACUGAGCGUUACGCACAACCCUCUUUAGCGCCUUACGCUCGGAUGCCAAGCAGUUGCCAUACCAAGCGGUGAUGCAGCAAGUCAAGAUGCUCUCAAUGGUGCAGCUGUAUAACUUUUUGAGGAUCUGAUGGACCAUGCCAAAUCUUUUCAGCCUGCUGAGGGGGAAGAGGCGUUGUCAUGCCCUCUUCACGGCUGUGUUGGUUUGUUUGGACCAUGAUAGAUCCAUGAUAGGUCCUUAGUGAUGUGGACACUGUAUGAAAAUGUAUGCACUCACUAACUGUUAGUCGCUCUGGAUAAGAGCGUCUGCUAAAUGACUAAAAUGUAAAAAAUGUAAAUGACACCGAAGAACUUGAAGCUCUCGACCCGCUCCACUACAGCCCUGUCACAUGGGCUGAACCAGAAGUAUACGGAAGAGAGCUUUUGUUUUAGCAAUGUUUUGACGCCUCAUUUCAGAUCAGCAGUAUGCUGGUCUAGAAGCAAAAAUGUUGAUCAAUUCAGUUGUCAAUUCAGAAGGUUUAUUGAAAUUGCAAUGGAAAAAUCCUCAUAGAAAACAAUGAUCAAUUUUCAAAUCAUUAGGAGAAUUUAGUUUGACUUCUGGAAGAGUCUGUUUGCAAAGCUUAGGACAUACUGUUGAAAGGCAGCUUUAAAUGGCUAACGUGAGAUUGCUUCAGUAUAAGAGGAGAGUUAUUGCACUGUAGGCUGUUUAGCCAGAUAGCAGGUUAUCGUUAUUCCCCCACUGGGACUUGGCUAUCCACCUUAGGGGACAGACAGUUGAUGGAAGUGAAAGCCAAUUUAAAAUGAGGAAUCUUUCCCAUUUGAACUACAGCUGCUUUUAGAAGAUUGAAAGAAGGGUUAGGCAAGGAUUUGUGUAUUUGCCUGUCUUUGAUUUCUAAAUGAUUUGUUUGUUGUUUUGCAGAAACUUCUGGACCAGAUCCUGCAGAGA